AUGGCGCCACACGAUACGGACUCCCGGACCUCGGCGCCCGGCGCGAACGAUUACUUCACCGGCAGCUAUGGUCGGCCAUCCACGAAGCCUUUCACAACGAAGGAAAAUGACGCAUAUCCAAUCGAAACUCCUAUGGAUAUUCGCCCGACACCGGACAGUCACCAUGGACUGCUGAGCGAUGCCGCCUUUAGUUCGGAAAAGAGCAGCGCGAAGGGAGGUGGGAAUUCUAUCCAUCGCGUGGAGAAUGCGAGAUGGCGCCCGGUCUGGCUCCGACCAGUCACUCUAUCAACCUUCCUGGCGCUGUUCAUCGCCUUGACAAUCGUCCUUCCCGUGAUGCUUUGGUACUCGCAGGAGAACGAUGGCCUUGUCAGAACGAGAGAGAAUCUUGUCUACUUGUGGCGAUUCGGCCCAACCGCAAUCCUAACCAUCAUCUCCUUGUUUUGGGCCCGAGUCGAGAUUCAAGCCAUACGAUACAUGCCUUGGAUGGCUUACCGUCGAGCACAAGAGCAGGGCACAAAUGAAGACAUCUACAACCUCGAUUAUACAGCCAUGCUGUCCCCCGCAAUUCUCUUUCAAUCCUUGAAAAGAAGGCAUUUCUUCGUCUUCCUCAUCUGCUUUGUCUCUCUCGUCCUCAAGAUCCAGAUCGUUCUUGCUCCCUCCCUCUACAGCCUGGCCGCCAUCCGAGUCUCCGAACCGGCCGAAGUCCAAGUCCUUAACUCCUUCAACACUACCGCUCCGGCCACGACUUAUACAGAGGGAAGCGCUUACUACAUGGCCAAGGCUCUCGUCAACUUCGACAUGCGCUUCCCCUUCGGCGUCAACGAGAAUCUAGCAUAUCAGACCUUCAAAUUCAGCAACGGCACCGCGCGCGGGACGACCAGCUCGCCUCUGAGCGUCGACGUCGACGGCUACUUUUCGAAAAUCGACUGCCUGAAGAUGGAAGACUACACCGCGUCCGCACCAGUCGUCUCUAGCUUCAACUACCACACGUUCAAUGUCAGCCUUACGUUUCCAGGCUGUGACGCCCAGGUGCCUGUGAUUAGCGACCGGAUUCUGUGGGAUAAGAACAAGACUGCGAAAGAACAGACCACCGGUAACUGGGUGGUCACCAAUUCGGUUGGCAAGCCUUGUCCGAACUUGCCGCAGCAGUUUAACCAGUCGCUUUACUACGCUGCGAGAUUUGGGGGCUCGACCAAGAAUGCAUCGCAGCCGGACUUUCUUAAUGUUGCAGCGGUGCUCUGCACCUCUACCGGGUGGGUGUCAAAGGUCAGGGUAGUCGACGAUGGCGUGAGUCCGAACGUCACAGAGUUGCCCAACGAAGACAAGACGCCGGUAACUGCUGACCUAUGGACUAUGCUCAACUCAGCUAUGCCCGAAGCUGGUGGUCGUUGGGGCACGACGGGUAUUGGCCGGGUUGCAGGACCAAUUGAUUCCCUCUCCCAAUUCAGAGGCGAGUCGCUUGCGGUGGCAGUGAACGUCUCGAACCCGUUAUUGUAUACCAACGAGAUCCUGGAGUUCGCGGUAUUGAAUAUGUCCCAAGCCCUUGGACCCCUGCUUGGACACUAUCGGCUUCGGGUGGAUGACGAGUCCCAACCAGCUGUCACUGGAUCGACCGUCGACAGCGUCAGCAAGCUGGUUGUCAACCAAUGGGUCUGCUGGACCAUGGCAGCGCUGUUUGCUCUGCUCAGUCUUGUGGUGGCAUCAGUGUUGAUUCGGCACACGAAUCGCACUGCGGUCUGGUACAGAGACCCCGCGACAAUUCUCGGCAACAUGAUCUUCUUCAAAGAACAUCCCGUGCUCGCGGACAAUGUCACCAACAACACCUCUUCAACUGUCUGGAGCCAAUGCGACUUUACGCCACUAGUUUUGAGAACGUGGGCGCGAGGUCUGUCUGCUUUGCUGACGUUCGCCAUCGUCGUCGGGCUCUUGUACGCCUUGAGAGUCUCGGAGGCAUCGCAGGGGUUGGCAUCAGUGACCGAGGAAGGGUACCUUCACCUGCUUUGGACUUCAAUCCCAGCUCUGGUCAUGCUCGGCGUCUCCCUGUACACAAGCUGCUGCGACUUCGCGUAUAGGGGUCUGGCUAUCCUCUCGUGUCUUUCUACUCGCUCGUGCAGUGCGAGGGAUCUCGAUGUUUCCUUGAUGGAUAUGCUGGGCCUUCGGGCCCUUUACCUUUCUCUAAGGAAGCGCGUCUGGGCCGUGACAUUGUCACAAUCACUAGCAAUAACCUGCGCCUUCCUUACGACAUUGGUAUCUGUCAUUUUCACGGUUGAGUCGAUUCCAGACUCCCACAACAUCCAGCUCCAACAGGAAAGUUGGUUUGGCUCGACAGAGAUUGGGAGAGGACUUGACGGACUAUCUCUUUCGAGGAGCAACCGACAACUGCUGAGCAGUCUUGUGACCAGACAAGGUGAAGCGUCGCUGGCGUACCCGAAGAACACUUACGAUGACCUUGUGUUCCCGGUCCUUGGUGGUGUUGAUACGGUUGCAGUAUCACCAAACACAACCAUUACAGCCACAGUGCCGGCGGCAAAGCUGCAUCCGAUGGAGUGCUUCAAGGUGCCCGACUCAGAGUACAAUAUCAACAUUACCAAUUGGGUAGAAGAGACAAAGUACUACGAAGCCAUCAUCACUCAGCCGUUCAGCUGCCCCAAUGGCACCACAGCUGAGUUAUUGAACCGCUUGGAUAUGGGCGUCGCGACGAAUCGACUUGGUGUCUCGUACAUGGCGGAUGUCUUCUAUUCUCCGCAAAACACGGCCGAUAUCAAUAUGGCUUGUAGUCUAGGCGUCAACGCGACUGACUACGAGUACGCAUCAUGGAGAUAUCAGACGUACGCUUGGGGCAAGUUCUCGACGGAAAAGAAUGGCUUCGAUUACUUUUCAAUGUGGAGGUGCAACUACACUUGGGUCGAAGCAACCACGCAGGUUCAUCUGGCCGCGAAUGAUGGCGAGUACGUUUUGGACCCCGAAAGGCCCCCGCAAGCAGAUCUGUCCACAGUCAAGCCGUGGACUCCUACUCUGGACAUACCCCAGGUCGAUCAACAGUUCACCAACAUCCAAGUUGGUGAUGCCUAUCCCCAACUAGCCGUCGCCAACUUGCUUGCUGGUUGGAUUGGCGAACAAUUCAAAGCGUUGAUAGAGCCGUUCGGAAAGCUUCCUCUCGAAGCACUCGGAGACGCGAGCCAGGAUGAAGAGAUCCUGCAGGGCCUGCAACACAACUACGGCCUAGUCGCCGCGCAGCUGGUCAACAUCGAAAACCGAUACAACCUGACAUCACGCUCCAGGAACGCAGCGCCUCCUGACGAGCUUCUAUCGUUAGAAGCAGUUGUCAGCGACAACGGAAGACGUCGCCUGGUGCAGAACGCAACGGUUACGUACAUCCUGGUCGCGAUCCUGGUAGCGGUGGCGUUGACUCACAUCUCCGCGGUGCUGUCCGUGGUAACGAAGCGCAUGGUGGGCAGGAACUGGCCAUUCCACUUGGAUGUCAAGGGUCUGGCUCCGGAUGGGUUUCACAGCAUGGCGACCAUGGGUGCGCUGUUGCGAGGGUCCAAUGCGUCAGAUCAUCUGCCGGAGAGCACCCAGUUGUUGUCGACAGACGAGCUUCAUGGCAGGCUAUCCGAUCUGAAUUUCCGGUUGGGAUGGUUCCAUCGUGCGUUGGGGCAAGCAAGAGUAUUCACGAUUGGGGUAAGAGGGGAUGGUGACUUUCAGUACUUGGGCGGCCAGACGGCCAAGGUCGAUGAUGGAGGAACGCUUUAA